GCCUCUCGAAGCAAUACGCAUCGAGAUGCUGUAGUGAUGCGUAUUGCUUUCUAAUUCUCUCUCGGACGUAGGUACAGGCCAACGCUUCCAAGGGGAAGGCGUCUCACAUGUUCUCCGCAGACAGCGGACGUGGUGCCUGAGUAGAAAACCACAUUCGAUUGCAUAGCAUAUGCCGUCUCGUGUCAUAGCCGAGAAAUGAUGGUCAUGAUGGAGAGCUUUGUAGAGAAUAGAGCACAUCUCAUGGAAAACGACGUGAUUAGCUAGGUAGACUGCCGGAUCGGCGCUUGCCUCAUCGGGGCUCGGUUCGGGUAUCUAGACAUCGCAACGGUCGCUCUUUCAAGAGGAACCACUAGCUGGGCAACGUCAUUUUCUCGUCGCUACACUCCAUGACCUAAUCUCAAUGCUAUACGAUGGAGAUCACGGCACGUCCAAGGACUAAGAAAUCUCACUUGAAGAGAAGGACAGGAUGCAACGUCUGCAGGGAACGAAGAGUGCGCUGUGAUGAGACCCGACCGACAUGUCAGAACUGUGUUAGACAUAGUCGCAAAAAGCACGUGUCUUGCACCUACCAUGUCUCCGGAGAUCAAGAAGGACUUGCAACCCAAGACCAGCAGAUCGCGUUGCUACGCGGUCAUUCGCACGCUACGACUAUGACACGAUCACCGAAUACCACACCGCUAUUCGAUCUUAACCCAAAACAACAUUUUCUCAUUCACCAUACGAAUACCAUUGCCCUCGAAGCACAAGCUUGCCAUUUUGAUGACACCAACAUAGGAUCUAACAUAUUCAUAAAGGCAAUAGAACGUGCUAAUGCGGUCCCAUUUCUUCGUCAUUGUGUCUGUAACCUUGCAGCCCAACACCUGUACGGACUCACAAGAACGUCCGAUCUUCUCUGCGAGCAGUUGUACCAUCGCGGCAUGGCACUGAGUGGGUUACGAGAACACUUUGAUCGUCUCGAUGUACUGGACUACGAGAGUAUCAUAAUCGCUUGCCACAUGUUGUCGUUAAAUGCUGCCAAUUCGGAAGAGUUUUUAUGGAACAUGCGAGGCAUCUCUAUGAUACUAGAUCGUACGGACGUACAUGCUAGUCGGUCAAGCGUUGUUGAGCUAUUUCUACCGAUCCCUGGAAAGGACGAGAUCGCAAAAUGGCGCGCAGAUGGAUCGGAUCUGCUCGAAAGUGCUUUGCGAAGCCUCAAUAACCUGGUAAAGCUCGCCAAAGGCAAGCCUGCUUUGUUGGCCGCAGCGAAAGAGCUCAAAAAUCAUCUCAUAAACACGGUUGAAAAGCCAGAGAAUGGAUUGACGGAGCCUGGACAAGUGAAGGCAGUCUUUCCUGUUCGCUCAUGGCUACCGUGGUUUCCUACCAUCCGGGACUACAUGAGCGAUGGGGACCCGCAUAUCAUGUCGUUUCUUGCCAACUUUGAAAUGGUCAAAAUGGUUCAAGCCCUCGUCAUGCCUGAAACGAGAUACUACAUGGCGCUACGUCGGAGGGCUCAAUCGAUUAAAUGGACAUGCACUCAGCUGCAGACUCUGUCACAGACAGUCGAUUUGGAUCUGUCCGGGGUCAUGGAAGGUCCGCUGCGGAUCGCGAAUUCCUAUCUGAAUUCGCUUAGUGCAUAUCGCUCUAAUGUCCAAGAGCUUUGAUUCACUUGCUUGACACCGACGCUUCGUACUUUGAGUCGUUGUGCUAAAGAGAUUGAUAGCUUACAACUAUCUUGGUUCGCUAUUUGCCAGCCUUGAGCUUCAGGAUCUCAACAAGGAGUCUAUCACGUUCAGCCUCAAGCUUCUGAACGUCCUUGCCCUCGAGCUCUUCGCCAACACUAGCGCUGAGUCCGUCCA